AUGACCGUCAUCUCACGGAAGGAAAUUGAAGAUGUUCUUGGUUGGGAAUAUCCAGAGAAAAUAAUUGCCUUCGCCUUCGAAGUGAAAGCACUGAUGAAAUGCCAAGACCUCAAGACUGCCGAGGAACGGUGUCUCCAAACCCUCGAAGCUUUGAGGGAAUUUCAUCUGGAAACAGGCUACACCAUCUAUCUCAUGUUUUGCCAGCUUCUCGCUGAGACACAUCAUCGGCAAGGCUCUCAUCGGUGGGCUGAAUCUGAAUCUGAAUAUAAAGAGCUAUUGAAGACGUGUGAGCGAGAACGUCCGGACAAUGAAAGGUCCAUUACUUCCAUCAAGGCGGCUCUAGCCAAACUAUAUCAGGAUCAAGAUCGUCUUGACGAAGCGGAGAUUCUACUUGAACAAGUAAAAGAGUUAUACAAUGCAGUUCCAAGAGACGGGUCUCACCACCUGAACCAUCACAUGAAGAGCCUGGCAACUUUGUAUUUGAAACAAGGUCGACAACAAGAAGCGAUGACACUUUUUGCCCAGGUCCUUGAAAGAGAAGGAGGUCAAUACGGGCUAGAGCACCCGCAAACACUUUCCAGCAUGAGAGAUUUUGCAUGCGCAAUGCAAACCCAAAUUCAGCCUAGGGAAAGAAUGUUGCUGGUGCAAGAAAUCUUCGAAAAGCAGAAAAUUGCUCUUGGACUAGACAAUAUGCAAACAGCAUACACCGCGACUCUACUGGUCGAGAUGAUGGUAGAAAAUGACGAGCUAGAAGUUGCCUCAGUGCUAGCUGAAAGCUUGAUCGACGUUCUUGACCCAGAGGCUCAGUUUGCACUUGCCUGUUCAGCUAUGCUCGGGCGCAUAUAUCUAGCACAAGGGCAAGCAGAUAAGGCUGGAGACAUCUUGACCAAAUCACUCGAAAGAAGAAUAACAAUUUACGGAGCGGAGCAUGAUGAAGUGAUCUAUGCCGAGCUUGAUCUGGCAUUAUGGCACGAGAAGCAAGACCAACUUCGUGAGGCCGAGGCUCUCUAUCAGCAAAUAUACCAGGUUCGCCAGCGAACAUUUGGUAGCGAACACCCAAAUACACUUACAAGUCUCCAAGAUCUUGUAGAUCUUUAUGUGAGGCAUGAGGGUCUAGUCAGUUCUGAGUCACUAUUGUCGAUGCUUACCCAAAUCUCCAAAUUAAGAGAAGCAAAUCUUGGUAGAGAGAAUCCUCAGACUCUUCUGAAUCUAUUCGGGCUGUCGCUGGAGUACUUUACACAGGAAAAAUGGGUUGAUUCUGCUGUUUUAAUGCAAGAGAUCUUGGAGAUCUGCCUGCGAAAAUUGGGAAAAGGUUGUGAUGUGCUGCCAUUGCUGCUAGAGCCAUUGGUUGCUUGCUGGGAAAAUCUCGGCCGUGAUGAGGAUGCUGCAUGCUUGGAUAGACACAUUGACUUUGUUUUGGACGAAAUGUCCCCUGAGGAAAUUGCAACGCAACUAAAUUCCUCGAAAACUUUGCCGGGCAUUUUGAAAAGGUCAUCCUUAGUUAUGCAAGCAUCAGGAGCAGUGGCAUCAGUCUGA